CCACCCCAAGGCACUAGCAGACGACAUCUACCCUCCAACCUUGAUCGCACUCCUUGCAUUCACCUUUGCACACGACUCGAGCCCAUUAUUCCAUCUACCUACCUACACUUGCCUCUCACUUUGCCCAUCUACUCACCUUUAAUUCUCCCAACAUCCAUUCUCCCACUGUCCGUCCCGAUCCUCUCUGCCUCGUUUUGCCUUAGCACACACCUCUCUUUCUUGUCGCCUCCGACCUCAAUCAAAUUCGACAACACAAAGAUUGUUACUCCUGCUCUCCUUCCCCUCACCAUCUGACGAUCUCGAAGCCCCAUGCACCCGAGCCCAUCGUAAUCAUCACCUUGCCACCUCAUAUGCCCGCCACCCCCUCGAUCCAUUAUGGCAGGUAGAUACACCGCGGACAAUCUGCUCCUCCUACGCCAGUCCCCACUAUGCGUCAAGCCUCCAGGCCUCCCUCCCUCAGAGGAGUGGAUGGGACCAUCUCCAGACACCCUCCGCAACCAGACCAAACCCGCCAAUGACAGAUCCAAGGGAAGCGACAAUCCUUUGCUUGAGAACAGGCGGUCAGGCACCGAUCGAAAUGGCCAACGGAAUAAUUCUAAUCUGUUGCUGACUGGUCCUACCCUAGACCCCGAUGAUAUUAUCCUCGGGCCUCCACGGACCAGCUUUUCCUCAUCUACCUCGACAUCCAACAACAAGCUGGGUGGCAGUGAGAAGGUGUCCAAGGAUUCCGAACUUCGAGAUCGAGCGGAACGAUUCAACUUCCGCAACAGAUCGAAUGAGUCUGACGCCCUUAAUGAUCGCUUCCGAGAUGGGAGGACCAACAACUAUCGCCGACGGGGUGAUGGCGACCAGGAUGGCGACAGCCGGGCUAUGGCGAAGCCGCCGCGCAAGAGCUUCGGGAACGAAGGUGCUGAGCGCUUCCAUGGGCGCAUCGGUAGUGGAGACCGGUUCAGCAACAGGGAUGACCGGAGAGCGAAGGAUCGUGAUGACCGAGAUAACGGCGAUCGACGAAGCAGGAACUUCGAUCCUCAUUCCCAGGACAAGGAGGGCGAUGAUGCAGAAGCAACACGCAGGAACGGCAUGACACGAGGCAGAUCCGACCCAUGGUUCAAGGAGAGCAGCGAGGGUGGUGCCCCAACGUCCCAACGCGAACGCAUUGACAGAACGAAGAAUUGGAGAGAACGAGACCCCAAUGAGAGGCAAGGAGACAAGCAUGGCGACCGGACCAACAUCCGGGGUUUUGACCGCCGUUGGGACCGGGAGCAGCGUGUCGAACGUGAGCCCGAGUGGCUUGAUGAACCAGCCGACGAGAAACCACAAGGCCAUACGGAAGAAGACUUCAAGAAGUUUAUGGAGGCCAUGAAAGCCACCAGGGGGGGUGGGGCGCAGAAACCCGAGGCCAAGGCCCCCGCAAUGAUUGAGAAACCAGCCCCGGACUCCGCCACGGCACCAGAGCAGAAGGUCGUCUCUGCCCCAGCUGUCGGAUCCGGCCCAGACAAGUUCUUUGCUGCCUAUGGCAGUACUGCUCUCGACGGCGCCGCCCCCGUGGUGGAUGCUAAGGAAGCUCCUAAGCCAAAGGGCGCGAAGCCGUCGAGAUUCACAUCCUUCUUCAGCGCGACUGAGGAUACCCGCGGCAGGACGGAGCCCCCGACGCCGGUAGCCGCCCCGCCUCCUCCGAAUGGCAUGAACGAGCCACAACAACAAAACGCAGAAAAGGAGGCGUUCCAGGUCUUGCUUCAAAAACUUCAGCGCCAGACCUUGGCUCAGUCGCAUCAGCCCGGUGGUGGCCUGCAGGCCCCUCCAAACUUCGCAGAACACCCCGCCGCCUCAGCGGCGCAGCAUCAGAAGGGAGAGGUUGUGUCUCCGGAACCGUUCCAGCCUUAUGGGAUGGAUCGUCGGGAGGAUCCUCGGCUCCGCAUGGCACAGCAUCCUAUUCAAGACAUGCUUUCUCCCCGUUCGAUGCCUCCACCCGUCCAGCCGCCAGCUGCGCCACGCCCUGAGCAGAACCUACAAGACCUCCUCGCACAACGACACCAUGCCCCGAGCCAGGGCAGCGGCCGCAUGGAGCAGAACUCAGCCGCUGUUAAUAGCAACACCGAGUUUCUCAUGCGGCUCAUGCAGAGCGCCCGCAACGCGCCAGAACCACCUCGCACUGAGCAAAUCCUCGUGCGAAUGCCGCAGCCCACGAAACAGGUUAACCUGCCAGCCAUUUCCGACCGGGACGCAGAAUUCCAACGAGAUCGAAGCGCGUCUCAGCGCCAGAUGCGACAACACCAAGGCCCGCCAGUGUUCCUCGACGAGCAGUUCCAUAAUCCGGAUGGUGAUAACCGUCCACAACCUACUCAGAUCCUCCAACGGCCCCCUCCCCCAGGUCUAGACCACCACAUGCACCCGUUCCCCAUGGCGGGAGGCGGACAACAGAUGCCGCCCCAGCGCCCGAUGAUCCCUCCUCCACCUGGCCUCAUCAACAAUUCCCGCAACAUGCCGAUGCCGGGCAUGUUUCCUCCCAACUUCCCUCCGGGCGCCUUCCCACCGCCCGACGCCAUGGUCCCCCCGCUAGCACCUGGCCCCGGACCUCGGUCCAUGCAGCCUCCCCCAGGCUUCUACGGAGGACCCCCACCCCCGGGCUUCAUGCCGCCGCCGGGGAUGGGCCAGUUCCAGGGGCCGCCCGAAGGCCUCGCCUUCGGGGCUCCCUUUGACGGUCGCGGGAUGCCACCCCCUGGGGGCGGUCAUCCCUUCCGGCGACCGUAA